UGCUGGAUCCUCCAGGCACUGGGUACGUAGUGCGCAUGCGCACGCCAAUUACCCGUCGCCUUCCGCAGCUGCGGUUGUCGGCUCCGUGCUGCUGUUUCUCCUGGCAAAGCAUCCCCAUUUGUUCACCACCGAAGCCUGGAAGAGUCUCGUCCCCAUCCUCUGAGGGUUUAAGCUUCGCAUGGACAUAAAGGGGAACCGAGCCCGUCUUCUUCCCCCCUGGCUUUCUUUGUGGUUGUUCCUCGAGUGAAAAACCCACGCGCUUUUUGUGACUGGAACCUUCUCAGCUGUACCAGAACGCCCAGCUUACGGUGUAUGUCGGGCUGCCAAAAUGCUCGGAUUACAGGGAACUGCUUCAGCUCCCAAAGUCUAUCGGUGCGUGGCGUGUUCAGACACCUUCCCUGGCUUAGCCUCGUUGCUCGUACAUCAAGCGAGCCACGCAAGUGCCCUCUCCAAGGGCUCUUCUCCUCCACCAACGCAGCCCAACGCCAUCCUGCAGGAAACGCUGUUUGCAAGCGCAGCCUCGACCAAUGAGCAAACCAACGCGGCUGCUCCGCUAGCUGGGAGCCCUUCGCCUGGUUUUUACAUUUGUGACUGUGGAGAGGAAUUUCGGGACUUUAGUCUCAUGCUGGAGCAUAAACGCUCACACGUCUCUGAGCUGCAGCAGGUGCGGCCCCUAGAAGGUAAUAUUGCUCUUUCUAGUGGAGCGGAGUGUAAUAAGGAUUUUCCUACCAAGGAGGAAAAUCUAACCAUCCCUGUAAGCCAGGCAGGUUUAGACCUCAGCCACCCCUCUACCUCCCUGUCCCCAGCUUUUGAGGAGUCCACAUCAAACUCAAAUACAGCAGAUGUGGCUUUGGAGGACCAUGUUGCCAUGGUAACCCCUCCUCCAGGCCAGUGCACUCCUCCUCCAGAUAAYAGCAUGGAGCAAACUGAAGACUUGCCUUCUGCUGCAGAGGACAUACCAGAGAGGGAAGAAGAUGCGGCUUCACCAGACAAAACAAAUUUAAACCAGCACAGUGCAAAGGGUGAGAAUUUGCCCAAAAACGACACCCUGAUGAAGCUGCUGGCGUCGGCAUACAAAAACCGCUUCCCGCCUCCUUUGUCUGAGAGUCAAAAUUAUAGUGAAGUUGUACCCAAGCAAAAAGCCACUCAGCAAAAUUAUAAUAAAGUUGUACCCAAGCAAGAAGCCACUCAGGUUGAAAUAACACCAGCAGAUAAGCCAAACGUUUCGCCGAUCAACGAUCUCUCCAUUGCUCAGUUGAGGCGACUGCUUGCUAAACCCGGUAUAAAAACCAAAGCUCCGUCCAUUAGCAAAAUCCUGGAAUUAAGCAGGAAGAGGGUUGUCUCUCUAACAAAGACCUUGUCUCCUGUUGUGGUUCUUGAGACCCGCCAAAAGCUCAUGGAUUCCGCCUGCAAAGGCACCUAUGGGAGGUAUCAGUGUGGCCGCUGCCGUAGAGUCUUUCAGAACAUAGACAAGCUGACAGAGCAUCAUUUUUUGCACAAAAAAGAAAGGAUUAAAUGUUGCCGUCGUUGCAAGCAGCUCAUCAUCGGGCGGUUGCCUUUGCCCGACAAUCACGUCUGCCCUCAGAUGAGAAGCAAACCCGUAAAGUCCACGACCUUCAAAAACAAGUCACCCUUUGCCCCUAAAAUAGUGCCAUUUCACAGUCUGAACAAUACAAAAAAAGUUUUCUUUUGUCCGUUGUGCAAAAACAGCUAUGCGCGGAGGUGGAACCUGAAAACACACAAAUGUACCGGACAAAAGUCACUUCACUCCAGGCAGGGCAGUUCCACGAAGGAAAUGGUCACCCUAACYAACACAGAUCAAGAUAAAAGCGAAUGUCUGAGUGUCGCUGUAGGUACCGAGGUCACAAGCCACAUCAAAGUUGAAAGGGAUUCCCCAGAGUCAGAGGAGGCAGCAGAUCCACCGCUGGCCUGGACGACUCCGGCAAAAAGCUUCUCCCCGUUCUUUGUCCCAUCUCCUGUUAUGGAUCCGCAGCAGGAACUUUCUCUUGCUUCAGUCCAGGAAGGAGAAUUAAGAAGCUGGGAUGCAGAAAGUCUUAGCGAUGAAGAUGACGAAGAAGGACAGUGGACAAUGCCGCUGGAUGAUGAAACGCAUGCGUUUAAGUUUUUAAAUAGAGCUGGUGAGGAUGAACAGGCAGUGCAGCCAGAGUCAGUCCAACGCUCGGAGAUGACUCCCCACAGCCUGCGCUAUUUUAUGAGCAAUGGCGUAAAGCGUUACCCGUGCAACAGGUGUCAGAAAACCUACAGUCGUGCCUCGACUUUGCGGCGCCACCUGCGACUGUGCGGCUUUAGGCCACGUGGGUUCGGGGGCAUGGCUCAGGCUCACUUUCAGGGCGCCGUCGCACAAAAUUCAACUGCUGUGAAGCCACUGUUCUCCUGUUAUGUCUGCGGGAGGACCUUCAAUCGCAAGGAUAACAUGAUGACUCACAGAAAGAGAUGUCAGUUUAAGCGGACAAUGUCAGGCGCACCGAGAGUGGCGGGCAAUGCGGUGGCGGAUAGUCAGCCACCUGUGGAUGAUUCAGGAAACUGGGGCAUCAUGUCCCUGCCCUCUGUACUUCCAAGGAGGGUGACGUGCGAGUGCGGGGUCGGGUUUACGUCUCCCCGACUCCUCCUGGAGCACUUGCAGAAGCACGCACAAGAAUCCUACACAUGCCCCACUUGUGGAGAAACGGUCAAUUCAUGGGCUGACUACGAAGUUCAUUUGCAGAUCCACAUGCAUCCUCAUCACCAGCUGAUGAAGGGACUACAGCCAUCGCCACCCCUUUUAGUUAGAAUACUGCAGCCUCAGCAGCAGUCCGCUCAGCCAGUGAUCCAGUCCGCUCAGCCAGUGAUCCAGUCCGCUCAGCCAGUGAUCCAAUCCGCUCAGCCAGUGAUCCAGUCCGCUCAGCCAGUGCUGCAGCCUCCACAGAAACAAACACGCUCAGAAUUUCACUCGUACCCGUUGAAAAAGCAGCGGACUUUGUGCAACCGGUGCGGCAAUACUUUCGCGUCCCGCUGUUCCCUUCGAAGGCACAUCUCCUGGAAUCGCUGCAAAGGCAUACGGCCCGCGAACCCUCCCAAAACCUUUAACUGUUCUCACUGCAACGCAGACUUUCCAAACAGCAUCAGCCUAUUGUUUCACCAGCGAAACGGAGCGUGCAAACCUGCCAUCAAGCCCGUUCGCUGCCCCGUUUGCCUGCGYUGGUUCGGAACGAUGGACAGUUUGGAGAAACACUUGAUGACUCACAAACAGUCUGAAUCGUACCGCUGCGACGUCUGUCAGGGCACGUACCCAUCCCUUAAAUCCCUGAAGAUCCACCGUAGGAGAAUUCAUCGCAUCCUGAUUGGAAACCCUCGGCCUAAAACACAAGACCCACUGACAUUUAAUGACGCUCGGUUUUAACUGAGAAGGGCCUGACGUUAACUGGUCCGUAUAAUAUGCCGUUUUAUUGUUCUUGAACUGUUUGCUGUUGUUCUGUUUUUACUUUUCAGGACUUACCUGAACAAUAUGCAGCCACAAAUGUUUUAAAACAAUUUUAAAAUGUUUAAUCAUAUCCUUUGUCAGCCACUUAUUACAAAAAAAGGAUUUGUUAUACUGUUUGUUUUAGUUUUUCAUAGGUCACUACUAUCUUGUUUAGCUUUAAUAGCCUGUAAAUAGUAAAAGGAAUUUUGUGUAUCAAACUUCUUUCAGAAACCUGUGAUGUAGCUUGUUGUUGGUGGUGAUGUUAAUAAACCUACAAAGUGUGGGAAAUAUCA